GAGACGGGUUUCACCAUGUUGGCCUGGGAUGGUCUCGAUCUCCUGAUCCGCCUGCCUCGGCCUCCCAAAGUGCUGGGAUUACAGGAGUGGGCCACUGCGCUCAGCCUCAAGGCCUCCUUCUGGCAUCGUCAAACAUGCUUGUGCACCUACCUAAAGGCAUCUGGAGCUGGGCCACAGCACCCGGAUGAGUCACACCGGCCCGGCCCUCCCGGAGCUCUGGGUUCCCAGUCCGGUCCUGCAUAACCAGAUACAGUAUAACAAAGUGCAGAUAACCGGGACAAUGGGGCUGUGUGCUGUGGACCGUGGGAGCCCCGGGCCGCUGCACGGGGGCCGAGGGAGGAAGCCGCAGGGCAGGGCAGGGCCAGGCUGUGCAGGAGGCAGCGCUGUCCCAGGGUGGGGGAGUGCGGGGGCGGGACUGCAAAACCCUAGCUUGUCCACGAUCAGCUGGGGCCGCAGAGAUGUGCCCCGCGCGGGAGGCCGCGGCGCCCGGUAGCUGCAAGCUUGGAAAGCAGAGGCUGGGCGGGGGUCCGGGCAGUGGGAGCCGGGUCGGAUCAGGGAGUGGCUAGUAACUCGGCGGCCGAUUGGACACGAAGAAGAGCUCGGGGUGGGGCUGGGAGGGUGGGGGUCCGGACCCGGGGCGCGGACCCUAGACCACCUAGAACUACACCCUGGCGGCGCGAGGUCACGGUGGGAAUUCUCGGGUCGCCCGAGUGACUCGAAACUGCGGGCGCGUGAGGUGUGCAGGAACCCGGGUGGGGGUCCCCCGCCGGAAAUAGAGAGAGGCGACUGAGGGGCCGCGAGGCGGGGAGGAAACUGGAGGGUUGCGGUUCCGGGCGACUCCGCCACCGACGCGGCCUCGAAGGCGGGGCUCUCCCAGGUGGCGGGGCGGGGCGGGGCUCCCCAGGUGGCCGGGGUGGGGGCGGGGCGCCGGGGGAGACCCCGCCUCCUGUGCCCUCUCUGCAGCCCGCGCCGGGCGCACCCGGACGCUCCUCCGCUCCCGCCGCGGUCGCCGGGCCAUGGGCCUGGAACCCUCCCCGACCCCCCGCGAGCCUGCCUCGUCUGCAGCGUGACGGGUGGCCCAGCCUGGAGACGCCUGGAGGCCCUGCCCGCCGUCCCUUCCCCAACCGCUGUCUUUGUCCCGGAGACCGCCAAUGUCCUCCGUCCCACCCGGAACAGCCCGGUGCCCCGCCCGUUUGGGAAGCACUCGCGCCCAAAUCCUGCUCCCCAACUUCUGGGGCCGCCUCUCUGCCCACUCCGAUCACCUCCACGUCUCGGCACCGCCCCCUCGCAGGGUCUUAGCAAGUGACCGCACCCUUGUGCACCCACGCCCCGGGGUCUCUGCUCCCUACACUGACUCCGGCACCAAGUGACCCAUCCUCAUCUCGUCCCGCAGCUCACACCCCUUUGUCUUGCCCUAACCCUCCUCUCCCCACAACCCAAACCGGAUCACACAGUGGCGGCAGGUCUUAGCAGUAGAUAAGAAACAGCUGCUCGUCAACCCCCACCCAAGCCCCAAGGAGCUUGCGUUUUCCAGGCCACCCUGGUCCUCACCACUGCCACUUUGCUCCAAGGCAUCUGAAUUCGAGACCCUUCCCCUUCCUGUGCUGACCCUCCUCUGCAGCUGCCGCCCCUCCCUGUGUCCUUCCAAGAAGCGCCACAUGCACUGAUCUCUGUGUGUCCCCAGAUGGUCACCAUGGGCCAGUGCUACUACAACGAGACCAUUGGCUUCUUCUAUAACAACAGUGGCAAGGAGCUCAGCUCCCACUGGCGGCCCAAGGAUAUAGUCGUGGUGGCACUGGGGCUGACCGUCAGCGUGCUGGUGCUGCUGACCAACCUGCUGGUCAUUGCAGCCAUCGCGUCCAACCGCCGCUUCCACCAGCCCAUCUACUACCUGCUGGGCAACCUGGCCGCGGCUGACCUCUUCGCAGGCGUGGCGUACCUCUUCCUCAUGUUCCACACCGGCCCCCGCACAGCCCGGCUUUCCCUUGAGGGCUGGUUCCUGCGGCAGGGCUUGCUGGACACAAGCCUCACGGCGUCGGUGGCCACACUGCUGGCCAUCGCGGUGGAGCGGCACCGCAGCGUGAUGGCCGUGCAGCUGCACAGCCGCCUGCCCCGUGGCCGCGUCGUCAUGCUCAUUGUGGGCGUGUGGAUGGCUGCCCUGGGCCUGGGGCUGCUGCCUGCCCACUCCUGGCACUGCCUCUGCGCCCUGGACCGCUGCUCACGCAUGGCACCCCUGCUCAGCCGCUCCUAUUUGGCCGUCUGGGCUCUGUCCAGCCUGCUUGUCUUCCUGCUCAUGGUGGCUGUCUACACCCGCAUUUUCUUCUAUGUGCGGCGGCGAGUGCAGCGCAUGGCGGAGCAUGUCAGCUGCCACCCCCGCUACCGAGAGACCACGCUCAGCCUGGUUAAGACUGUUGUCAUCAUCCUGGGGGCGUUUGUGGUCUGCUGGACACCAGGCCAGGUGGUGCUGCUCCUGGAUGGUCUGGGCUGCCAGUCCUGCAAUGUCCUGGCUGUGGAGAAGUACUUCCUCCUGUUGGCCGAGGCCAACUCACUGGUCAAUGCUGCUGUGUACUCUUGCCGAGAUGCUGAGAUGCGCCGCACCUUCCGCCGCCUCCUCUGCUGCACGUGCCUCCGUCGGUCCCCCCAUGAGUCUGCCCACGAUGCCUCCUCUGCCCGGGGACAUGCCAGCACUCGCAUUAUGCUUCCCGAGAACGGCCACCCACUGAUGGAUUCCACCCUUUAGCUAGCUUGGACUUCAGCAGGAUGCAGCAAGUAACAAAUCCGCAGCCCUUAACGACUCGUGGCUUAACCCAACCAUCGGGAUUGACUGAACAGCAGGCCAGGGUCUGGCACAGCACAGCACCCCUGCCAGCCCUCCCCAGGCACACCACUCUGCCCAGGGCACGGGAGCUUGGGGUCAUCUCCUACCGCCUGGGGGCGUCGGAUGGGGUGUUGGAAUCUCGCUCUUCAGUCAUCUCAGGUUUAGGGGAUUUGUAACAGACGUUUUUCUGUUUUCACUGCGUAUCCCACUGGUAAACCCUGUGGACUGGUUCCUGCUGUGAUGCUGAGGGUUUUAAAGAGGGGAGAGAUGAGGGCUGUCUCGGGCCAUGCUACCCGGUGUGACUGGGUAAUGAGGACAUACUGUGGACACUCCAUCUUCCUGAGGCUGAUUCUUUAGCGGCGGAGACUGGGGGGUGCAGAGUGUGAGCUCUGGGAAAGGUUUGUGGCUCCUUGCAGCCUCCAGGGGCUGGCCUGUCCUCAUUAGAAUCGAAGCAGUCCAAGGGGAGGGCAGGAUCCAAGGAGUAAACCUUUUCACUCUGAGGUCUCCAAA